ACAUAAUUCUUAUAAGUUUUCUACGGUUAGCAUAUGUGUCCAUGGUACAUCUUCAGAUUUCUGAAAUCAAGAACUUUCUGUUCCUGAUUAUCGGGUGAUUUUAGGAACAUGUAGUCAAUACCCCUAUGCUACUUUCAGAAGUCCUUGCUCUACUCUUCACUUUAUUGAUAUCCUGCCCACUAGUAAUCUUUAUUAAAUGGAUUAUGUUGAUUUAUUAAGCAUUUCUUAGGUUGCUUGCAAACUUGUGUGUUGUGUCAUUUUGGAUUGGAAGACAAUAGCUCAUGUCUUUUCUAACUUCUAACUUUCUAGCAUCAGAUUUUCGUCUAAGCACACAGAGUCUGAACCCUUGGGGCUGUAAAUGCUUAAUUUAUGUUCAAUAGUUUACAUAUCGCUGCCUCAUUGAUACUUAUAAAUGCUUGCCCUGCUAGUCCAAAACCCUCAGAACAGUCCAUCCAUUUAAUAUACAGCUUUCCUUCUCUUACAUGUUGUCUUUUUGUUCUUCCUCUUUCUUUUGUUUAUUUUUUUUAGGGGAUAAGCAAAAUAUUACGAGUACUGAACUUUGUGAACAGAGUAUACAUCGAUAGAGGAUUAGCCCUCCACCAUGAAGAUGAUUGCAUGCCACCCAAGCGUUGUAUAUAUCAAAUGAUAAUAUUGGAAAAUCCUCAUAUAACAACACUAACGUGGUGAAUGGAAAAUUUCUCUAACCACAAAUAUCCUUUCUUAGUUUCUUUCCAGUCACAUAAAACCCUCAGAAUGAUCCUGUAUAUUCCAAGUAUCCUCCAUUCUUUCUCACUUAGAUAACAUACCAGAAUGCAAAUGCAAUAAUAUAGAUGGCUGGCACACCCACUGCAUGCUCAAAAUUUUGAACGUACUACACUGUAUUCGUACUAUACUUAACCAGUUCUUGUCUCCUAUUAUUCAUUCUUCGUCCCUAAAAGCAGUGGAAAGCUAUCAUGUUGGUUAGUAGAACAAACAUUGGGGUGAGUGCUAAGUUGGAACGAUAAAGACAAAAGUUCAAAUCUGGAGGUUAAGUUGGAGUAAUACAGAGUAUCAUUUUAGUAUUCAGAGGAGGAGAAGUGAGAUGUACUGAGUUCUAUUGAGUGAGAUGUACCGAGUUCUAUUGACUUUAGAUGGCAAGGAGUUACAUGUUAGUGAAUGUUUUACAUAUCUCAAAUCGGAUUUUUAGAGAAAUGGUGAUUUCGAUCAGGAUAUAACUCAACAGGGUUAUGUCUAGGUGGUAAAAAAUGGAGAAUAAUGCCUGGGUUAUUUCAUGAUUGUAGUUUGCUAAGGUUGAAAGAAAUAUUCUAUAGGACAACAAUUUGACUGGUGUUACUGUACAGGUGAGAAUUAUUGGCAUAUAGGAAGGAUCAUAUGAAGAAAAUAAGUGUAGCAGAGUUGUGUAUAUUGAAAUGUUUGUGUGGGAACACCUUGAUGGAUAAGAUUAGGAGUUUAGAUAUUUAAAGGAAAGAAGGAGUUGAAGAAUAAGAUAAGGGAAAAUCAGCUAUGUGGUUUUGGCAUGUAAGAUGUCAACCAAAGUAUAUGCUGGACUGUUGGUAAGGAUGUUGAAGCUUAGAAUAAUGGAGAUUUCGUAAUAAGCCGAGGGAGGCCAAAUAUGAUUUGGAUAGAGGGAGUUUUGAAUGACAUGAAGAAAAAUACUAUAAGUGAAUGGAGGAAGAGAGGAUCAUCAUGGAUAAGGCUUGAGGAGGUUUUGCUAGCGGUCAACUAAAAAUUGAAUUUGCUUAUGUCAAAGUUUUGUUUGCUCAAGAGUGAUCAAUUUAUACUUAAUUUUAAUCAAAUUUUCUCUAAGUGAAUUGAUGUGUUUUACCUGAGCUGAAUGAUCAAUUAAGUUCCAGCCAAGCUGCUCAAAAUAUUGACGAAGGAAUUGUGAAGUGGUAUCUUACCACUGCCUCAUUUGUCCCCUUUAUUCUUGACAACUGGGCGUAGCUUAGAGAAGCAGGUGGGAAAGGGGCUUCAGAUGAUUUUCUUUCACAAUACAGAAUUACAGACCCUCUUGUGGACAGCCUGCUUUCAAUUAAUCUUGUUUUUAUUUAUAUUUUAUUAGUAAUUUAUGCGGUUAUGCCUAGGGGCCUGCAUGCGUUGCUGAGUAUGGGAAUUCUAGAAUGAUUUUGUAAGUUUUAUGGUAAGUUAAUUAACUGUCAUCAGAACAUAUCAGUCUGUUUUGUGAUAUGCUAACAUAGGUUUUUGGCAAUAAAAGGACCCAUCUUUAUUACCUGUUUUCUGGAGAAAAGGGUUUGCCUGAUGAAGUGUUACUAUUGCAUUUCUAGUAUAGAAACACUUUCAACAAUUUCUCUCAUCAUUCAGCAUAUUGCAGAACAAAGAGUUCUGCAUAUUUGCACCGUACCACUGUAUUCAUUGGACGGAAUUCUUUUCCUUGUCUUUCAUGAUGACUGUUGUAGACAACGGCAGUUGAAAUGUGUGAAUGUGUCACUGUGAUUACUGAUUCUAUUAUAGACGAUGCAAAAAAAUUUCUUUCUAUUUCUAUCGUUCAGCAUGUGACUUCAGUCACACGCAACUUUACUCAGGAAUUCAGGAUAACUUAGCACUUGGAAGUCACUGUUGAAGACUGUCUCCAUUACCAGGUACAACAGCAUGAGCUCAUAAGCAAAGGACCUCAACAACUCACGGUUCUCUAUCGAGGCCUGUUUGAUUGAAGUUCAGCCAGGAGAUUCAUUUCAACAAUGAGCUCCUGCUUGAGUGGAGGUGGACGGGCUGCCUAUGCAAUUGACCUUGAUAUUAUUAAAUCUCCCUCUACUUCAACCCGUACCUCUCAUUCUUCAUCGCCUUCUUCGACUAUAUCAGAAUCAAGCAAUUCCCCACUAGCCAUCUCAACUCGUAAACCACGGACUCCUCGGAAACGCCCAAAUCAGACCUACAAUGAGGCAGCUGCUCUGCUUUCCACAGCAUAUCCAAAUAUUUUCCCUGCCAAGGAUAUGUGUAAGCCUGGCAAAUUCAUCAAACCUCGUGAGUAUUCUUCCUUUUCCUGUGAAGAACCCUCUGGUGAAUUGCUCCUACAAUUCCCAGUUGAGAAACCAGUUUUUCAGCUAGAUUCAACUGCCUAUGGUAAGUCAUGCUCAUAUGACAUGGAUGAAAUUGGUUGCCAAACGAAUUCCUCUGAUUUAUGUGAUGGAUACGAGGAUUUCGAUGCGGAAUCAAUCCUUGAUGAAGAGAUCGGGGAGGGUGCCAUAGACAGCAUAAUGGGGGAUGUGAAUGUGUGUGUUGAAGGGGAAUCCACUGCUUGCUCCAAUGAUGCUAGUGUUGGCCCGGUUAGUUUCUGUUAUGGGUAUCCAGUGGGGUUAGGAUUAGGAUUAGGAUUAGGAUUAGGUGGGAGAUUUGAUUUCGGAUUCGGAUUGAUGAGAGGUGGAGUGGCCAAGGCAUUUAGACAAAAAGACGAAGGAGACUGGUGGAGAUUUCCUGCUGUUGAUGUUGGUGAAAUUUCACCAAGGUUAAGCAAGCCUUUGCCAGCUGAAAAGAAGAAAAAAUUGGAAAAAGUGAACACUAAAUCCUCUCCUUCAACCUUAAAGAAAGAAAAUUCAGUGUCGGUUCCCAAAUCCAGUUCAGGCUUGAGCAAGGAAAAUUCGUCUUCAAGUCCUAAAUCCAGUUCAACAUCAUCAGGCAAGGAAAAUUCAACUCCAAAUUCUAAAUCCAGCCCUGGGGUGCUCUUGAAAUUGAAUUAUGAUGAGGUUUUGGAUGCCUGGUCAAAUCGAGGCUCGCCUUUCUCCGAUGACAUUGUGGGCUCCGAGCUUUCUGGAAGUGAUGCCUUGCAAGCAAGAUUGGCGCAAAUAGAUCUAUUCGGUGAGCCUGGAGCCUUGAGAGAAGCAAGUGUUCAGCGGUAUAAGGAGAAAAGGCGAACACGUUUCUUCUCAAAGAAGAUUAGAUAUCAAGUUAGAAAAGUUAAUGCCGAUCAACGACCAAGAAUGAAGGUAUGCAACUAUGCCAAUUCGGGGCGAUUUGUUAGGAGGCCGAAUUCAUCCGGGAGUGAAGAAAACGAAGUAGCGAAUGAGUAGUUUUGCCUUUGGCCUCUCAGGUCCUUUUAGCUGUUAUGAGUACCUUAUAGGACAUUACACUUUUUGUAAGAAUUUUGCCAAAUUUCACACACCAAACUGUAGCUAAGGCUAGGUAAUAGGGAUGAUUGAAGAGCUGUAGUGUUAUUAUUCCCUCAAUUUUUUGUAGUCUUAAAUCAACGGUUACCCUUUUUCUGUUAUUUUGUAUCUGUACUUAGCAGCUUCUUUCAAUAAGAAGAUUUGUUGGUGAGAACUGUUAGGUGCAUACGAGAGUUUGCGCUUUUCAAUUGGUAUGAGAAUAAUUUAAAUGAGAAAGAAACCACAUCUAAAUUAUCAUCAUAUUAGUUGAGAAGGCAUGCUUUCAUGUAUACUUGAAUAAGUUGCACAAGUUGUUAAUAAGUACGUACAUGAGGUUAUAUAUUUACAAUGCAAAGUUAUUAUGAUA